AAGAUUUAAAAAAUGAAAGGCUCGUAAAAUUUAGAAGUUGCACAAAUAACCGGUAUAGGAUCGAAAACCAUUAAUUUUGCAACUUUAGUAAUUCAACCUCGUGCCAAAAAAUGGAGCCGAGAUUCUGUAUUUUUGCACACGACUCUUCAGAGUGGCGUGGACAACGUGGAUUUUAAGAAAAAUUCAGCAGAGGGCUACCUAAUUGUAUAAACAAGAAUCAAAAGAUAAAUCUACAGAUUUGAAGGAGGCAGAAAAUUGAAGAAUAAAUAGUAAUAAUGGCAUGGGAGAAGGGAACAAGUUCGGCUCGCGAGAACACUCCGCUAUUACCAAACCAGUUAAAGUCGGAGCCUCUGUCUUCUUCUUCUAAAUCUUUUGGCAAUAUAUUGAUCGCGAUUGUUGGCGCAGGCGUUCUUGGAUUGCCCUAUACUUUCAUGAAAACUGGAUGGCUUGCAGGAAUCAUCAUUUUGGGUAUUGUUGCAGGCCUUACAUAUUACUGCAUGAUGCUACUGGUAUGGACCAAAAGAAAGCUCGAGAAAGAGGGCUUUGUAAAAAUCGGCAGCUUUGGCGAUGUGGGUUUCAUCGUAAGUGGGCCAAUUGGGAAGGGCAUGGUAGAUUCCAUGAUUGUUCUUAGCCAGGCAGGGUUCUGCGUAAGUUAUUUCAUUUUUGUUGCCAAUACUUUGUCUUCCCUCUUCUUCAGGAAUGAGGAGAACGAGCAUUAUUUGUAUGGGUCUAAGAUACUGGGUUUGGAGGCAAGCAAGCUCUUCAUUUGGGCUGUUUUACCUUUUCAAUUGGGCCUCAAUGCGAUUCGAACGCUGACCCACUUGGCUCCUUUCAGCAUUUUUGCGGAUGUUGUGGAGAUUUUGGCAAUGGUGGUUUUAAUGAUUGAGGAUGUGGUGACCUAUGUGAGGAAUAUGCCCUAUUUGGAGGCUUUUACUAAUUUCAGCAUAAUCCCUUAUGGAGUUGGAGUGGCGGUUUAUGCUUUUGAAGGGAUUGGAAUGGUUUUGCCACUUGAGACUGUGACAGAUCAGAAGCACAGGUUCGGUGGUAUACUUGGUCUUGCUUUGAUUUUUAUUACUGCUGUCUAUGGGGCUUUUGGGCUGUUGGGUUACCUUGCAUUUGGGAGUGAGACCAAGGACAUCAUUACGUUGAAUUUUGGAAAGAAUUUGCUGACUGAUUUAGUUCAGGUUGCAUUAUCCAUCAAUCUUUUCUUUUCAUUACCUUUGAUGAUGAAUCCUGUCCAUGAGAUUGUAGAAAGCAGGUUGAAUGGAGGCCAGUAUUCUUUUCCUCUGAGGGCUCUGUCAGUGUCCUUGACAAGUCUAGUAGCUUUUUUCGUGCCGAAUUUUUCAGAUUUCCUGUCACUUGUAGGCAGCAGCGUCUGUUCUGUUCUAGGCUUUGUAUUGCCUGCUAUCUUUCACUUGCUUGCUUGUAGGAGGGAUUGCUCUUUGGUUCAGAUCUGCGUGGACAUCUUAAUUAUCUUUUUCGGCGUUGUUUUUGGUGUUGCUGGAACGAUUUCAUCUGUCAAACAAAUUUUCUUUGCAGAUGUGGUAUAAACCCUUCAAUAUGGGUACUUGUAUUCUGUGCUUAGGCUUUCACAAUCAGUUUAUGUAGGAUAUAGAUCAACUUCAUUAUCAGCAGCUGUACUAUAUGUGUUGUAUGUAUCAUCCAAUUCUUUCAUUUGCAAUCAAUCAUCUUAUUGGCAAGUAAUAGGCAAGGAAGAAAUAUGGAAAGCUUUCAGGUCUUUUCUCAGUGGCAAGUAACAGGCAAGGAAGAAAUCUGGGAAGUUCUCAGGUCUUUUCCUAGUGCUGUAUCUUGAUAUUCAUCAAGAUUGCAGUAAUAGCAAUGGAAAAAUUAUGUAUAUCCAUGGAACCAUGGAAUCAAUUGUGUUUAUCCCAAAAUAACAUAAAAAAAAUUUAGUGAAUGCAUCAUUUUGAUUUA